AUGGGUCAGCAGUUCAGCUGGGAGCAGGCGGAGGCUGAUGGGGAGAUGGACGUGGCGGAGCUGCAGGAGUGGUACAAGAAGUUUGUGGUUGAAUGUCCCAGCGGUACACUCUUCAUGCACGAGUUCAAGCGCUUCUUCAAGGUCACGGGCAAUGAGGAGGCCAGCCAGUACGUGGAGGGCAUGUUCCGAGCCUUCGACAAGAACGGGGACAACACCAUCGACUUCCUGGAGUACGUGGCGGCCCUGAACCUCGUGCUGAGGGGCACCCUGGAGCACAAGCUCAAGUGGACCUUCAAGAUCUAUGACAAGGACCGCAAUGGCUGCAUCGACCGCCUAGAGCUCCUGGACAUUGUGGAGGCGAUUUACAAGCUGAAGAAGGCCUGCCGAGUAGAGCUGGACCCGGAGCAGCAGGGCCAGCUGCUCACGCCGGAGGAGGUCGUGGACAGGAUCUUCCUCCUGGUGGACGAGAAUGGAGACGGCCAGCUGUCUCUGACUGAGUUCAUUGAAGGCGCCCGUCGUGACAAGUGGGUGAUGAAGAUGCUGCAGAUGGAUGUCAACCCUGGUGGCUGGAUCACUCAGCAAAGGCGGAGAAGUGCCAUGUUCUGAGGGGCUGGGGACUCUUCCAAACCUCCGGGGUCCCCCAGGUUUUCAAAGUAUCAGGAGGCCCUUGGCCUAGUUGGCUCAGGCCCACUCUUGCUUGGUGUGGACUUCCUGAUACCCGACUUGGUGUGGGAAAACAAGGGGAUGAGCCAUGGCUGCUGGGCUGGAGAAGCCCACGGGGUUCAGUCCAUUCUCAAGAUUUCCUAGCGUUGUAGGGGAACUCAGUUACACUGCUCCUGGAAGAGCUGGGCCUUAGCUGGGAGACAUGGGGCUCUCUCUAAUCUUUAGGUGUUCUCAGUGGGAACGGGGGCGGCUGGAGGGGAGGGGAGGUGGGAGGCAAAGACUUAGGUAGGGAGCAGUCAGAAGAGAGUAAGGAUGUGGAAGGAUCGUGACUGCCCCACUACCCGAGCAGACUCCUCCCCAGGAUGUCCUCCCCAGGGCUGACAAGGGCAGAUGGCAGCAGACAGUUACUUCUGUGAGCCUCCGGCUCUUGGAGGCCUGCUGAGCUUAACAAAGGGUUUUCAGAUGGGUGCUACUCCCCAGUUCCUCCUCCUCACCCCAUCUCCAGCGGGAGCCUGCCGCCACUUCUAGCCAUAAGUCCACAUGCCUCCUUAAGGAUGGAGACACCCUCUCUUCAUCUCUGGGGAGAACCAGGCACCUAUGCAUUGGGGUUCCAGGCUGGACUUUACCUCCGACUGCUGUUGGACCCCUAACCUCCUGCAAGCUAACUAGGCAGUUCCUAGAUUAUCAUAUAGACGGCAACCCCAAUAUAGAAGCUAGAUUUCCUGGGACCUCCCUGGUUAGCCCUCCUGCCUUCCUCUGCCCUUCACAUCAGUGCAGCUGGGGAAGGCACCUUGGGGGACAGGAAGUGGAACCGGGAUCACUCUCAGACAGUGACCCCCUGGCAAGCCUGAUGGGUUAUUGGC